UGAACAUAACGUUACCAGGAUGCCAAAGCUAGGGACGCUCCGGCUGCGUUGAGACAGUCGCUGGAAUUAAAACAAAUAAACAGAAAAGGUGUAACUGCAGGCCAUACACACAGGACUGGACCGCGAACAGAGGCUUCAUUUUGAUGUCAGCAUGGCUGUGAACAUGAUGCCAUGUCCCACCAUUUGGCCAGGGGAGGAACAACCAUCGCUGCUGGACCAGGAGGGCUCUCUGUCGAGCCAAGCCCCCAUUUCUGAACCCUGCCUACCAGUCAGAGGUGAACAACUCAUCUGCAGCAGCCCGGCCGGCACAAGGCCCCCCCGCAGCAAAUCCAAAGGAGAGCUAGUCAUAGUCAUCAACGAGAAGCUGAAGAACAGUAACGGGAUCCACCCGGCGCCUGCAGAGAGCACCUCCCCAGUUAUCUCCUCUCCUCCCAGAAGACAGCACUCCAUCUCUUACCCCCAUCACGGCAAAACCAGGAAGGGGAGCAGGGCAAGCUCCAUCGGCUACACCGCCUUCUCACCCAGGCCGUCGCUUUCUCGCCACUCUAGCAUCGCCACCAACCCUCCUUUGGACCGUACCAAAGUUAAAGACUACCUCCUCCUGUCCGUGCUGGCCUGCUUCUGCCCUGUCUGGCCUAUCAACAUUGUGGGAUUUGUCUACUCCAUCAUGUCCAAGAACAGUCUCGAGCAGGGGAACCUGGACGGCGCCGUGCGCCUGGGUCGUGUGGCCAAGAUGCUCUCCAUGGUGUCACUAGUAGGAGGGACGGUCAUUAUCAUCGCCUGCAUUGUCAACCUGGCCAUAAAUGUGAAAACCUGAGUUUCAUCCCAGGAUGAAACUGGAUAAGGCAACUGACCGUCUGGCCCGCACCUGCACCACCGUCUUUACCGCCUAGUCAUUACCUGGAUGUGUGACAAAUAUGCACCUGAUAUACAGCGCUUACUU